AUGCAAGAAACAAAGUUUCCAUGCUGCAUCAUGGCCAUUAUUUCCAUAAUUAUUAUGCUCCAAACGCUUUCUGUUGGACUUUGGAUCUACACGCCAAUUUUCGAGAACAGUUCUAAGGGUUGGAAAAGAUUUUACAUCGAUAUUCUUACAGUCUUUGUUCUUACAGAUCCAUUUGAUGUUAAAACACCCAAAUUGGCCGUUACUUAUUCAACUUUUUGCAUCGCAAUUAUUACAAUUCUUCUCACUUUGUAUUUAAUAUGGUACGAAAGAAAAUAUUACCAGAUUCCAAAAGUAUACUUAUAUGUAGCACUAGCACUAAUUGACAUAGUUGACACUUUUCUGAUUAUACCGGCAGUAAAUAUUGUAAAUCAUGGCAUAAUUUCAUUAAAAUACGGAUUUAAUAUAGCUUUUGUACAAGAAAUCGUCGUCGGAUCCAUUAAUUUCAUAUUUUUCCUUUCAACAUUUUUAAUUUCUACGAACCUUAAAUCGAGAUCAGUUGUCAUUACGAACCUUUUAUUCCCAUUAUUUGAUGACUUUUCAAUUACUCUCUGGAUAGCUUCAACUUCAAUAUUUUCAUUAUUUUCUGCCAUUUUUAACUAUUACGAAGCUUGGGUUUUUGUUAUUGGCGACAUUUUUCAUUUAUUGAUGACUUUGUACAUUUGUUACAAACUUCAUUACAUUCCAUAUUAUGAAGUAUGGCGAAAUACACUUAAUAUGGCUUUCUGCAUCACAAGUAUUGCAUUGGAUAUCAACUAUUUAGUUCUUUAUUCUUUUAAUCUAACGUAUAAUUAUACGGUUUUAGUUAUGAUUUUCUCUUUUGUUUUAGGUUAUUUAUUUUCUGAUUUCUAUUUCAAACUGAUGAUAAAAGAAAUCACAGAAGAUUUGACUUAUGAUCCUGAUAUUGUUGAUGUGAAAAAGUACUUAGAAUCAAUAGGAGUUGGAAAAAGUCCUUCAAUAGCAAUGAUGUAUAUAAGUGUUGGUUUGACACAGAUUUGUGAUUACUUCAUUGAUGGUUCUUUGACAGAAUACAUCUUAAGCAAAGAUGAUUUAUCAGAUGCAACAUCAAUUAUUUUACAAAUAUUGACAUUCUUUCCUUUCGAAUCAGAAAAAAUGAAAAGAGCUUUCAAAAUUGUUGACAACAGAAGAAAACAGAAAAUUUCUGACAAAUUCCUUUUAUAUCAGGCAUAUAGAAUAAGGCUACGAAGAUUAGUUUCCGAUACAAGAGACACAAAGUUCAUUUAUGAUAAGUUAGCUCAAAAAACAAAAGAAUGCAAAAAUGUUUUAAAUUUGUUUUGGGACAAACAAUGCCAUAAUGAUGCAUAUUUGUUUUCUGUUGGAAAAAUGAUAGAAAAUCUUGAUUUAUUGUUUAGAACUGCUAUAAGUGAUAUACCAAACAAUGUCAAUAUAAUGAAUUUAUAUGUUGACUUUUUAAUUGAAUGUAAAUGCGAUUUUGAUGAAGCAAUUUCAAUGCAAAUAAAAGCAGAUCAGAUUUAUUGCGGAAAGAAUUUCAAUGUUGACUUAAGUUUUCACUCAUUUGUCAAUAGAUUUCCAAGAUUUAUCAAAGAUCAUUAUUUAGAUUUGAAAGGAAACAAAAUACUUAGAUGUGACAGAGAUGAAAAAAUUCUAACAAAAGAUUCAACUCCAUCAUCAAGUUCUUCCGAUAUUGAUACAGAAAAAAGUAAUGCAUAUGCGAAUAAAUUAAUAAGAGAUGCAAAUCUUCGAAUGGCACUUCAUGGUGCUGUUUCAAACUCGAAGCCAAAAGAAAUUAAUUACACCAAGAUUUUGACAACUGUUUUGUUGAUUAUUAAUAUUUUUGAUUUCAUUUUCCUUUUUGAAUUCAUCAGAAUGAAACUUGAAUGGAGAAAAAUGAGCUAUGAAAAUGUUGGAAACCUUGCUUAUUCAACGUUCUAUCAUAUCUACUCAAAUAUUUAUAUAAUGUGCAAGUUUGCAAGUGAUAAUUUUAGAUAUGACACAACACAGAAAAGUAUUGGAAACUUUACAUUUGAUAAUUUAUUGACAGAAACAUUAAUAAAAAGAGAUGCAUCUGUUCCAGAAAAAGCAUAUAUUGCAGCAAAUAACAGUAAAUACUAUUUGAAACAAUUGUUGGAUAACAUUGCAAAAUUAGCAGAAGGUGGAAAUCCUUUUGCAAUAUCGCAAACAUUAAUCGCUCAUAUCGAAGAUUACGUUGUUUGUAAGGAUGGAAUACCUAUUGGAAAAAUCCCUGUGUCAUUGAAAGACCAAUUAACUGCAUCUAAUUAUAUGGUAGCUGAUAUUGCAGGAUCAAUGCAACAAGGAAAUGUUUUUCCAAAUAUCUUUCAAGAUAAUGAUUUUUGUCAGAAAAUGUCUAAUGAUAAUGAAACAAUCAGAGCAACUUAUAACUCUUUGGAUCAAUUAUUCGAUUUCUUUUCUAGAAAGUCUAAGAGGAAUUCAUUUUAUUUUCUGUUAAUGACAGUUAUUAUUCCAUCAAUUGUUUUUGUUUUAACUAUUUUGUUCUAUACUUUGGCUAUUCUUACUUAUCAUAGAGGAAAGAAUAACAUAAUCAAAAGCAUGACAUCUAUUUCAUCUCUUGAUAAAGAUGAAGCAAAGCAGCCUUUGUCAUUAAAAAUAGAAGAUUCUUCUGUUCAAGCUUCAAGUAAUGUAAUGAAUAAGAAAGAUAUUGUUAUUUAUUUGCCAAUUUUUGUUUAUUCGAUGUUGAUCAUUGUUAUUUUAGUUUUCCUUUCUAUUGGAAUUAGCGCAAUAGGAUUAGAUAAUAAGUUAUCAACAAUAUUAAAUUGGUAUUACUUUUCUUGCUCAAGAAUCGUUAUCUCUUGUCAAUUAGGAAGUAGUGCAAUACAAAUGAUAUUGUUGAAUGGUUCUUUACCGCAAAGUAUUAUUUCAUUUAAUAAUUUAACCAAAAUUGCCACGAAAAAUCUUGAAAAGAUGAAUCAAGAAAAUCAUUAUGUUUUAUAUGGUGAUGGAAAAUCAUCAGGAAGCUUAGGUUUUGAUGAUCUUCUAGAUCAAUACCAAUUAUCAAGUCAAUGUUCAAUUGAUGGAGAUCCUCAAUCUCUUCAUGAUAUGUAUGCUUGUUCAAGUGUUGUUCAGCAAAUGAUUGUAUUAAGAGAUAUUGCUUCAAGUGUUAUCAAAGAUCCUCUUUCUUUUGGAGGAAAUCUCGACAGCGAAGUUGCUUCAAAUUUGGUUCAUAUAUUAAGAUAUCAUUUAUAUCCGAAUGUAAUAAAAGUUACACAUAGAAUUGGCGAAGUUAUGGAAGAAACAUUUGAAAAAACAAUGAGAAUUUUAGGUAUUCUUGAUAUACUUGGAUUAUUAUGCUCUGUUAUUUGUUUUAUUUUGCCAUUCUUUUUAACAAAAGUUAUUAUGAUUAAUUAUCAUACAAUGCUUGUUCUUUUACAACAUAUUUCGCCAAAGGUAAUAACAGAAUCAUCUGACAUCUUAGAAUUCUUUUCAUAUUCAUUGAAAUCAACAAAAGGAAAAAUGGGAAGAUUCAAAACAAUUAUUUAUAAUACAAAUGAAUGCAUCAUUGUUUUGAAUCCGAAUUUAUGUAUAGAGAUUGUUAAUGAUAGCAUUGCCAGCAACCUUGAUUAUUCUUCAGAUCAAAUGCUUGGACAAACAAUAAUUAAUUUUGUUGUUGAAGAUGAAAAACAAAGAUUAUUAGAUCAAUUGGAUUUGAUCAUAAGAUCAAAUGAAAAGGAAUAUAUUGAAGAUCAUUUUGAUUUGAUUAAUGAGAACAAUGAGUUGAUUCCUUUCAAAGUGAAGAUGAUGGGAAUUUAUAAUGAGAACAAUCAGAUUUCAUCAAUUGUUUUAAGUUUGAACAACGAAAGAAAUGAUUUAGAAAAACAAAAUGCAGCGAACAUCGCAAAAACAAGAUCAGAGAAACUCUUAAAUCAGAUAAUUCCAAAGGAAAUUUUACCAAAUCUAAGUGUAAACAACAGAGAAAAUACAUUAGUUUUUCAAGAUGCAACAAUUAUUUAUAUUAAAGUUGCUGCUUUCAAUGAAUAUUCAGAGAAUUUGUCCCCAUCUGAAACAAUGAAAAACUUGUCAAAAAUAUUUGAAGAUUUUGAUAAACUCCUUGUGAAGUAUCCAAAUAUUAGAAGAAUUAAGACUUGUGGAUAA